GCGCAGAGCGCUCGGCGCGGCGCAGGGAGCGGAGCAGAGCGGGCUGAGGCUGAGCGGGUCCGGGCCACCUCCCACCUCCUUCUUCUCGGUGCCGUGCCUCGCCCUCCCGGGGUGGCCCUGUCACUGUGAAGGUUCACAAUGUCUGACAGAAAGGCAGUGAUCAAGAAUGCGGACAUGUCUGAGGACAUGCAGCAGGAUGCUGUGGACUGUGCUACACAGGCAAUGGAGAAGUACAACAUAGAAAAGGACAUUGCAGCAUAUAUAAAAAAGGAAUUUGACAAGAAAUACAACCCAACUUGGCACUGCAUUGUUGGCAGAAACUUUGGCAGCUAUGUAACACAUGAGACAAAGCACUUCAUCUAUUUUUACUUGGGUCAGGUUGCAAUUCUUCUCUUCAAGUCUGGAUAGGAAGUAGGAGCAAGUGAAAUUUGGACUGUAAUGCACUGAUGGCUGAAGCCACGACUCCCUUUAACAUGGCUGUGCCGCUGCAUGGACUGUAUACUAUAUUUAAUGUGUAUAUGUUGCAGUAAAAAUCUACUUCUGUUUAGUUGCCUGGGAAGAAGGCGGCGUUUUUUUGUUACUGCUUUUUUUCGGUUGUAUUGCACUAGGAAACCUGUAAAUGCUUAAACAAUGGCCUUUACGUGGGAAGAAAUAAAACUAUUCCACAACAGCUCCCUCAGUGGUAACUCCUUCUUUGAGGCUGCAGAAACUUCUUUGGGCAGGCCGAAAGACCCUGACUUCCUUCCCCAGUUUUCUUAGACUGUUAAUCUUGUCACGAGGAGCAAAGCCAGUGUGAGCCUUGGUGCCCACCCCACAGACUGCAGAGAGCUGGCUCUCCCAGGAACCUGGGGAGGUACCUACACCUCCCCUGACACCCUGGUGGGGUGGCUCUUGGUUACGUGGCUUUCACACACACACACGCAGGUUGAACUCCACCUCGGACUCUGAUAAACAGACCUGCAGCUGGCACCCUCAGUGUUCUCUUUUGGUGCCCAUCACUGUAUUUUUGGCUCUGAUGAAACAUUGAGCUAGACCUGUAAGCAGCUCAGCCUGGUCUAGAAGACUUCUGCAGACAUCCCCCCCCCUUCCCCAAGCUGCUGCAGAAAGCAGCACCCCGUGGCUGAAGUCUUUAGACCUUGAUGCUGACAUCUAAAGCCACGUGGCCUGUCCCCACAAUGGAGCAGGAUAUCAAAUUGGUGACAACAGCUCUAUUUGGCAUGUUCUUAGCCAGUUGUCUCAACACUGCCUUAACUUGAUGCUCUCCUUAAAGCAAGCUAGUCAUGUGGAAGACUUGUAAGUGGCCACUGUCUCCUUUUAUUUUUUUAUGUUCUGUAGCUGAUAAGCUAUUUCUGGAGGACUGUCCUCCAUGUUCUGAUAUCUGCUUUUGUUCUUAAAGCACAGUACCAAGAAGUUAAAAUUUUAUGUGUGAUGUUUGUGUGAAGGAAACUCAUGUGACAUCUGCUUCGAAGGCAGACAAAUGUCUUGGUCUCCAAUAGGUUCAGCAGUGAUGUUGUCUUUAGUAUGUACUGACUCUGGGAUUACACUGCAGGAAGUUCUUCUCAUCUGGGUGUGGAGAAAUGCUGUGUGAUGGCAAGUGAAUUCCUGGUGCUUGUCACGAGGCCUAGGUAUUGGUUUGUUAACUGAUGCCUAGGCAACAGCACAGAGCUGGGGAGCCCAGCUUGUGUCUCUGGGGUGAAUUUGGCGUUGGUAAUAAGUCACUGCUGGGGAGGAAGGGGCAGAGUGAAGGGAACUGUUUGUGAAAUGACCCGAUGACCCAGGUUGACUGCUUCCUGAAGUAAAAGUCCUUCUUGUCUCUGUGCAAAAUCCAAAGUAUGCCUAAUUUUGUAAUAUCGAUAGAACAAUGUUGUAACUAGAAAGAAUGUAGCUGUCAUAACUUCAUGUUGAUGGAAAUGUCUGCACUGGGAUAAAUGUGCCUUGGACUGUCUGGGGCACUCUUGUGGUCUUGUCUAUUCAGAACUCCACUCUGGAUCUGAACGGAGAAUGUUUUGGGUUUGUGUUUUUUCCAAGCAUGAGUCUAAUGUGAACCUGUUCACGGUCUCUUGUGGAGCAAGAUCUGUUCCCUUCAUAACUGCAAUGGCUCAAAUACCAUUUAUUUUUUUCAAACAUUAAAGGUGAAUUGACACAUUUA